UAAGGUGUUCAUCAACGAUGGAGCACACGAUCGUAACGGACCCUCUGGCAGGGAUUUUCUCAAACAAAAGUGUCGUCACAACGAGCACGUCCUCGUACGAUCCUUUCGCCGGUAUCCUCUUCGAAAACUCGACAAACCCCGUCGUGCUGGGCAAUUUUACGGUUACAUAUUCGGUGAAUUCUAGCGUUUGGGAUGUGAAAAACGUCGUAACUGCCACCGUUGCUUCCGUUACCGAGAGCGUUUUUGAGAGCAAGCUCAUCAUUCCACUUUACGUCGUCAUCUUCGUUCUGUCAAUAGUCGGAAACUCUUUAGUUUUAAUUACUCUUGUACAGAACAAAAGAAUGAGAACUGUUACUAAUGUCUAUUUACUUAAUUUGGCGAUAUCCGAUUUGCUGCUGGGAGUUUUCUGUAUGCCAUUUACGCUUUUGGGACAAGUUUUGAGGAAUUUCAUUUUUGGUGCUGCGAUGUGCAAAUUAAUUCCAUAUUUUCAAGUCGUGUCAGUUUCCGUGGCCGUAUGGACUUUAGUGGCUAUUUCCUUGGAAAGGUACUUCGCCAUCUGUAGACCCUUGAAGUCGAGAAGGUGGCAGACCCAGUUUCACGCUUACAAAAUGAUUGUGAUGGUUUGGUUGGCAAGCUUAGUGUGGAGUUCACCGGUUUUGGUUGUUUCUUCAUUAAAGGCUACAAAGGAACGACGUCACAAAUGUAGAGAAGUUUGGCCUGGAAAUGGAAGUGAACAAGCUUACAAUUUAUUCCUGGACGCUUUGUUGUUAUUGGUACCAUUAAUAUUCAUGAGUUUAGCCUAUUCACUAAUAAUGACGAAAUUGUGGAAAGGAUUAAAACGUGAAAUUCAACACAACACUAAUUGUCAACAACAAGCUUUCGAUCGAUCCUCAAGUUCGCUGAACGUGAACUCAACUUUGGUGAGGAAUAAUAACGCAUCGACAACAACAGUGAACAGUUUGGCAUCACUAAGAACGCAUAGAUUGACGGCGAAUAAUGCUUCGCCGAGGGAAAAUAUCAAAGCUUCCUCUACAGGGAACACUGAGAGAAAUGGAGGAGGAGGAAGCGGGGACGUUGUCGGUUGUAACUCAAAGGGUAGGAACAAGAAACAAGCGGUGAAAAAGUGGCUGAUGAAAGGAAUUGUACAGGUCAGUCUACCAGGAAAUGCAAGUAGAGGAUACUGCAACUACAGCUCGACUAAAACUACCGUUGUUCCACGAUACGAAUUGGCUACCACCAACUCGACAUCACAAGGGAAUCCAACUCCCACUGAAACCGAGAACAACGUCGAUGAAACAACAUACACGUUUACCAGACAACCGAUUAGGUCGAAUUAUAUGGAUAAAAGUAUUGAAGCUAAAAAGAAGGUUAUACGAAUGUUGUUCGUCAUCGUGGCGGAAUUUUUCGUUUGUUGGGCCCCCCUUCACAUAAUAAACACGUGGUACGUGUUUUAUCCGGCUGCCGUGUACCAAUAUGUUGGAAGUACCGGGAUUUCACUAGUACAACUUUUGGCUUACAUCAGUUCAUGUUGUAACCCUAUAACUUAUUGUUUCAUGAAUAGAAAGUUUCGACAAGCAUUUCUUGGAGUUUUUCAUUGCUGCAGAAUGUGCUGUUGGUGUCGAGAUGUAGAAGAUACAGGAACUCCCGGUAGUAAUACCCGCAGGAAUGGAAAUGGGAAGAUGGCGCAAAACAAUUCUGACAUUUCUGGAAAUGAUUCUACGGUUUACGUCGGUAGAGCGAGUACUUUAGGUAGAUCUGAGAUUCUUGUUUUGGAGGCAGAAGAUCGUGUUUAGCAGCGGUUCGGAUUGUCCAACUGUUGCAGGAGUAUCGGCCUCGACAAGUGCUUCCCGACUAGUACAAGUGGUGGAGGCCGCUCCCGAUGACGAAUCGUUCCGUUUCAAGAUAACUUGGCCUAGGAUUCCACCGUCGGCAUCCCAAGAACGAUUCAACAGAACCCCUGAAUUGAUGUACUCGUAAACGGGUCGCAUUCGUCUUCCGACGAGAUCCGGAGACGUCCCCCAACGUUAAAACGAUGGAUGACAGGUUGAAACAAGAUGUUACUGCGAAAAGUGAUGGUUUGGUGUUGAUGGAUAACGCUAAACGUUUAAGGGCGGUUUGCUUUAACUGUAAAGGGAUGAGUGAAAAUUAUACUACAUCAAAACGAAUAUAAAUAACUUAAAUUAAAUUAUAA